AGAGCGCCCUGCAGUUCCCAGCGUGCGCUGCGGCUGGCCUCCCCGCGGUGCAGGGUCCCGGGAUCGGCAGCACGUGCGUUGCAAGGCGGUGCGGCUGUGCAGCAUGUUCCUGCAGUAUUAUCUCAACGCGCAGGGGGACAGGGUCUACACCCUCAAGAAAGUGGACCCCUCAGGCCAGCUAACUUGCUCCGCACAUCCUGCCCGCUUCUCCCCGGAUGACAAGUACUCCCGCCACCGCAUCACCAUCAAGAAACGCUUUGGCGUCCUGAUGACCCAACAGCCGCAGGCCAUCCUGUGAGCCGAGUGCCCAGCCUACUGGAGCUGCGGCUGAGCUGAGAUGGGGUCUAGCUGCUCCCUGAAUCCAGCCCCUGGCUCCCACAGAGCCUGUGCUCUGCCCCUCUGCAAGAACCCGAGUUAGAUUGCCCAUAUCGAGCUUCAACUGGAUAUACUGUUCCUCUGUGGUGCAAAUAAAUUGUCUUGAUCCCA